ACAUUUUCCGGCAGCCAACAAAAUUACAAGCCCUGCACUCAUACCAAGGUAACAUCGAGUGCUGCGGAGAGAGAGGGAGGUGCGCACAGUGGGAAUAGGAUUGCAAUUGUGUUAAAGGUUGUUGGUGAGUCCACGUCGAUAAGAGGAAUGCUUCGCUCCCGCGGCACACGCCGUCCCCGUCGCAUUACCAGUGGCGUCGACCAUGCGAACGAGGACGAGCGAAUGUGUUGGAUUUGUCUGACCACCGAGGAGGAAAUGCCGCGCACCGACUGGCUGCAUCCCUGUCGAUGUCGCGGCACAAACAAGUGGGUGCACGAAACGUGCCUGAGUCGUUGGAUCGAUGAGAAGCAGCUGAUUAGCCCGGACAUGCCAGUUACCUGCACCCAGUGUCGGACAGAGUACAUCGUCGUGAUGCCGCCGCUAUGUCGCUUCGACUCCCUACUCGAGGUCGUGGACAAGACAUACGAGCGCAUGUGCCCCAGCGCCGUAAUGGGGAUGCUGGCGGCCACCAUCUACUUCUCGGCGGUCACCUACGGUGCACUAACCAUGCUCGAAUUAGUUGGGUACGAGACCGGGAUGCAGAUUCUGCAGGAGGACCCCACAUUGUUGAUGAUAGUGUUACCGGCAUUGCCUACGAUACUCCUAUUGGGUCGCAUUGUGAGCUGGGACGACAGCAUACUGAGUUGGGUGCGACGACACAAUCGACAUCCGGUGCCGCCAGAGCAGCGCGAUGAGCAGGGCGAGCCCCUGCCGGGUGCACCUCUGGACGACAACUACUUUGAGGAGCAGGAGCGAGAGAAUCCAUCCGUAGAUGUCCUGCAGGUGGGCCCUCUAGGUACCGAGAACAUCAUGCGCGCCUCCUGCAGCUUCUGUACAGCACUAAGUCUGCCCUCGUUUGCCGUCGUCAUCGGCAAGACUUUGUACGCACGCGUCGAAAGCCGCAUGCUAGCCAUAUUGCUCGGCGGACUCACCUUCGUGGGCCUAAAGGGACUAGCCAGUGUCUAUCUCCGGCGGUGCCAGUAUCAGCGCAAGCGCAAGCGAUACGUUCUGGAUUACACACCCCAGAAUAUCUGGCGGAAUGCGCGGCGAUCGCGAACAAGGUCCGGGCCGGCGAGGCGCUGAAUCCCAAGCAGAGCUCGAGCUCAAUAGUGUAUCUCUGUGUGUGAAAAAUAUGCGUUGUAGCCCAAUUGACGGAACAUGUGGGUCUGUUGGGUAAAAUCGAAUUGUCUUUUUACUGAAGCUCGGCUAAAAAAGAAAA